AUGUCUCUUCGACUUGCGAACCUCAGUCUCAGAUACCGUUGGCAUGAAGCCAUUCUAAUACAUAAACAAUGGCAACGUCAGUUUCAAACUAGCCCACCUGUCCUGGCCAGACGCGAGAAGAAAGUGGCUACUCCAACGAAGAAGCAACUGGCCGCCAAAGCGCGUAAAAAAUCACUCAAGACUCGAAAGAGUAUUUAUGAUUCGGAAAAAAUGACAUUGGAAGACGCCAUCGCGGUCCUUCGGGCUGUGGAGGUCGCCGCACCAAAUGCCACGUAUGAAUUGGUCGUUAAGACCGAGAUGACUAAAGGAACUACCAUUCCGAAAGGUCGCUACAGCUUGCCCCGCGAAGCGAAAGCGCAGACGAAGGACCGCAUCCUCGUAUUUGCUGAAGGGAAACAGGCAGAGGAAGCCCGGAGCGCGGGGGCGGAUAUUGUUGGCGGACCAGAGCUUGUUGACGGGAUCAUUAGUGGUCGCCACCAAGCUAGCAUGUUUCUCUGCACGCCCGCCCUGAUUCGUGCUAUCACUCCUAAGCUAGGGCGCGUCCUUGGACCUCGCGGCCUAAUGCCGUCUGAGCGGCGUGGCACCGUGACAGAUAACAUAACUGGAUAUCUUCGCAAACUGAAGGGUACAAGUGAAUGGAAAGGGGACAAAGCGGGGACCAUACGGGCACCAGUUGCCAAGAUGCAUUUCUCUGUCGAAGACGUAAUCAGGAAUGUCAGGUAUUUCCUCGGUGUAGUCAAGCGCGCAACCGGUAACCUCAGGGAUCCGAAUGCGGAGCAAGACAAAAAGGACACGAACAAGAAGCCCCCGACUGCCAUCACCCGUGUUGUUCUAAGUUCGCGGCAAGGUCCUGGUAUACAAAUCUCAGAUGUGUAG